AUGAGGAGCUUUGCAAUCGUCUGCCUAUCCAUAUAUUACGGUACUGUGAAGAUUGAUAGGUUGCACGGGAUCUGGGAAGACCUCUGGUCUGGCCUCAAGACGGCAUCAGGUCCACAUUCAGCCACACAUCAGAUACAGCCCUCCGAUACAAUAUAUAUUGAGGGCUCAUGCAUUACUAUAGUCGAUACCCCAGGACUCGACGACACAACGAUGACGAGCAAUGAAGCGUUUGGUAUACUUGUGGAUUUCUUGAUUCGUCAAUUUGACAAGAAUGAACCCUUUCAUGGCGUUAUCUUAAUGCACCGCAUCUCCGAUAACAGGAUCGGAACGUCCACGCGGCAGCACUUCCGAGUGUUCCAGGAGCUGUGCGGACAUGAUGCGCUCAGGAGCUGUGCGGUCGUUUUCAAUAUGUGGGAUACAGUCAGAUCUGACAUCCGUAAUGCGCGCGAGGCAGAGCUCUGUCACAGAGACGUCUUCUUGGGCCGCGCUGUCUCCUCUGGGGCUCACGUCUUCCAUCACGACAAUACCGAGGAGUCCGCCCGCAAGAUUCUGAGGCACUUCGCAAAGAGAGACCCGAUAACAUUAUUGCUUCAGCACGAGCUUCUCAUGCACCCGUACAACACAAGCGUACGAUUGGCCUUACUGGGCGACAGAAUCAAAUCACCCCGAGGAGGCGUGGCGGCGCGAUGCAGCACAAUCAGGACACCGGGACAGAAAGAAGGGGAGACAGAGCCCGAUUAUCGCGCGGCGCGAACACACAACCACAUCCACCUCGCUACUGGAAAUCGCGGAUCCUUCACAGCAUGGCCUCAUUAUCAGAUUCCAAAUGCCACGGCGUCAGCAGUAGCGCGCUACCGGGAGUGCAAAAGGUCGUCCACAAGCCAGAUACAUGAAUGUCUUAGCCAGGUCCUGGUAGUCGAUGGCGGCCAGAAGCGUUUCGGUUUCCCGCUGUAUCCGAGCCGUUAA